UCUACUCUUUUGCAAUUUGCACUCUCAUCACCACUGCUUCCACACUCACGUGAGACUGAGACCUUGCAAGUGGCAAUAGUAGUGCCCAUAUUACCAUCGUCCCAGAUGACUUGUUCCUUGUGAGUGAAAGGCACUCUCUUUCAACCUCCAGCUACUUUCCUUUUAAAAAAAUCCGGGCUUUUAAUGGCUGCCUUAUCAAUUGGGACUCAUUUUUCACCCUCAUGUCGUUUCAAGAACCGAUCUUUGCACGCGCCUUCUGUCUACUCCUUGCCUAGCUUUGGAACUUCCCUUUAUAGAAUCAGAGCCCCAAGGUUGCUUAGCAAUGGUGUUAUUGCUAGAGCUGAGGAUAAGGCCAGGGGCUCUUCUUCUCCAAGUCAACGACAAGUUCAACCCAACAAUGAAGAGCAGAUUAAGGGGCUGUCCUCAGAAUCUGGAACAUGUGAUCCUUUAUGUUCGGUUGAUGAAACUAGCUCGCUGGAGUUUGAAGAUGCUUACCAGCCAAAGACUGAUUUAUUGAAAACUAUUGCGGUUUUCACAGCUGCUUUAACGGGGACUCUGGCAAUUAACCUAACAUGGGUUACUGACCACCAGGAUAUUGCUAUGGCAUUGCUUUUUGGAAUAGGAUAUGCUGGCAUUAUAUUUGAGGAGUCUCUAGCCUUUAAUAAAAGUGGUGUAGGAUUGUUGAUGGCUGUGAGUUUAUGGGUAGUACGAAGCAUUGGGGCUCCUUCAAGUGAUAUAGCUGUUUCAGAAUUGACACAUGCAUCUGCAGAAGUCAGUGAAAUAGUGUUUUUCUUGCUUGGUGCAAUGACCAUUGUUGAGAUAGUUGAUGCCCAUCAAGGAUUUAAGUUGGUUACUGACAACAUAACCACUCGAAAGCCGCGAACUCUGAUUUGGGUGGUUGGUUUCGUGACGUUUUUUCUUAGUUCCAUCCUUGACAAUCUGACAUCUACAAUAGUCAUGGUUUCUUUGUUGAGGAAACUAGUACCUCCAUCGGAAUACCGCAAGCUUCUAGGAGCUGUUGUUGUGAUAGCAGCAAAUGCUGGUGGUGCUUGGACUCCUAUUGGUGAUGUUACUACUACCAUGCUCUGGAUACACGGUCAAAUAUCCACAUUGCAGACUAUGAAGGGUUUGAUAAUACCUUCACUUGUUUCUCUAACUGUUCCGUUGGCGCUUAUGUCAUUGACUAGUGAAGUAAACGGGAAAGGACAAGAUUCUCCCAAUAUUUUGGCAUCUCAACAAAUGGCUCCGAGAGGGCAACUUGUUUUCUGUGUUGGUAUUGGUGCUUUGGUUUUUGUUCCAGUGUUCAAGGCUUUAACCGGUUUGCCUCCUUUUAUGGGCAUGUUGUUUGGACUUGGAGUUCUUUGGAUUCUGACCGAUGCUAUUCAUUACGGUGAAUCCGAAAGGCAAAAACUGAAAGUUCCACAAGCUUUAUCAAGGAUCGAUACUCAAGGAGCUCUUUUCUUCCUCGGAAUCCUUUUGUCCGUGAGCUGCCUAGAAUCAGCUGGUCUUCUUCGGGAGUUGGCAAAUUACCUUGAUGCUCAUAUCCCUAGCGUUGAACUGAUUGCAAGUGCAAUAGGAGUUGUGUCAGCAAUUAUAGACAAUGUCCCACUUGUCGCAGCAACAAUGGGAAUGUAUGAUCUCACUUCAUUUCCCCAGGACUCCGAGUUCUGGCAACUUGUUGCAUAUUGUGCCGGUACUGGUGGAUCCAUGCUAGUUAUCGGGUCUGCAGCCGGAGUUGCAUACAUGGGAAUGGAAAAAAUCGACUUCUUUUGGUAUUUCCGAAAGGUGAGUGGUUUUGCUUUUGCCGGUUACGCUGCCGGUAUUGCUGCUUAUUUAGCGGUUAAUAACCUUCACAUUUCCUUACCCUCGACUUUAGCUCAAGUUCCUUUCCUUUCCGGUUCGUAAAUUACAAAGAUAUACAACUAUUUUUCAUACCAUUUGGAUAAGUUUGGUGAAGACAUGAUCUUCCCUUGCUUACAAUUCACGAAAUUUUGAGGGAAUAAAAGGUUCAAAUAGUUAUGAAAUCUCAUGUAUUGUCCACAAACAUUAUGUAAAGACCAUGAAUUAAGUCAUAGUGACGUGCAUGUGAAGAGUGAAUGUGUAUCAAUGGCUAUGCCGAGCUUGAGAAUUUGAGUGCGGUUAAGAGUA